CUUAGAUCACAUCAGCGAAUACAUACUGGAGAGAAACCCUACAGAUGUCAAGGAUGUGGCAAGUCCUUUAAUCAAAUGUCACAACUGAGAGUUCAUCAGCGAACACAUACUGGAGAGAAACCCUACAGAUGUGAAGAAUGUGGCAAGUCCUUUAGUAAACAGUCACAUCUUAGAAGACAUCAUCAAAUACAUACUGGAGAGAAACCCUUCAGAUGUGAAGAAUGUGGCAAAUCCUUUAGUCGAAUAUCAAAUCUUAGAGGUCAUCAGCGAACACAUACUGGAGAGAAACCCUACAGAUGUGACGAAUGUGGCAAAUCCUUUAGUCGAAUAUCAAAUCUUAGAGGUCAUCAGCGAACACAUACUGGAGAGAAGCCCUACAGAUGUGAUGAAUGUGGCAAGUCCUUUCGUUAUGUGUCGAAUCUUAGAGUACAUCAGCGAAUACAUACUGGAGAGAAACCCUACAGAUGUCAAGGAUGUGGCAAGUCCUUUAAUCAAAUGUCAGAAAUGAGAGUACAUCAGCGAACACAUACUGGAGAGAAACCUUACAGAUGUGAAGAAUGUGGCAAGUCCUUUCGUUAUGUGUCAAAUCUUAGAUCACAUCAGCGAAUACAUACUGGAGAGAAACCCUACAGAUGUCAAGGAUGUGGGAAGUCCUUUCGUGAACGGUCACAUCUUAGAUUACAUCAUCAAAUACAUACUGGAGAGAAACCCUUCAGAUGUGAAGAAUGUGGCAAGUCCUUUCGUUAUGUGUCGCAUCUUAGAUCACAUCAGCGAAUACAUACUGGAGAGAAACCCUUCAGAUGUGAAGAAUGUGGCAAGUCCUUUCGUUAUGUGUCGCAUCUUAGAUCACAUCAGCGAAUACAUACUGGAGAGAAACCCUUCAGAUGUGAAGAAUGUGGCAAGUCCUUUCGUUAUGUGUCGCAUCUUAGAUCACAUCAGCGAAUACAUACUGGAGAGAAACCCUUCAGAUGUGAAGAAUGUGGCAAGUCCUUUCGUUAUGUGUCGCAUCUUAGAUCACAUCAGCGAAUACAUACUGGAGAGAAACCCUUCAGAUGUGAAGAAUGUGGCAAGUCCUUUCGUUAUGUGUCGCAUCUUAGAUCACAUCAGCGAAUACAUACUGGAGAGAAACCCUUCAGAUGUGAAGAAUGUGGCAAGUCCUUUCGUUAUGUGUCGCAUCUUAGAUCACAUCAGCGAAUACAUACUGGAGAGAAACCCUUCAGAUGUGAAGAAUGUGGCAAGUCCUUUCGUUAUGUGUCGCAUCUUAGAUCACAUCAGCGAAUACAUACUGGAGAGAAACCCUUCAGAUGUGAAAAAUGUGGAAAGUCCUUUAAUCAAAUGUCACAACUGAGAGUACAUCAGCGAACACAUACUGGAGAGAAACGCUACAGAUGUGAAGAAUGUGGCUAGUCCUUUAGUCAAAUAUUAUAUGUCAGAUUACAUCAGCAAAUACAUACUGGAGAGAAACCCCACAGAUGUGAAGAAUGUGGCAAGUCCUUCAGUCAAAUAUCGCAUGUUAGAUUACAUUAGCAAAUACAUACUGGAGAGAAACCCUACAAAUGUAAAGAAUGUAGCUAGUCGUUCAGUGAAUGGUAAAUUCUUAAAAGACAGCAGCAAAUAUGUACUGGG